CGCGAAUGGGCGAUGACGUAGUCGGUUUUGGUCCGGUUUGGAACAAAUUUUUCUGGUUUUGAUUGUCGUAAUAGCGCUGCAAUAGGACGCACAUUCCACGGGCUUUAAUCGCGCUCAUUUAGUUAAUUGCGUCAACGGUUAAAUUUAGAUGGUACCGAGGAUUCGACUGCUGGGCUGUUUUGUGGUGGUUUGGUGGUGAAGUGAUUGUGGUUCGGUGGAUUUGAUUGGGCGCUGCUGGAUUACGCUUUUAGAUCGCCCGUGCGAGGAGGCGGCGACCGCCGACGAUGACCGCCGCCAAAUAGCCGUUUCGUCCCAUUGCGGUGCUCCAAACGGCGGCAGCACGGUGUUACUGAGAAGAGAGAACGAGAUGCUGUCGGCGGGGCUUGGUUACGGUGUCUCUGGCCCUGUGACGGGCACCACGCCCCCCUACAGCCCGCCGCCCCCCGCGCGACACAGCCCCUUGCCGAGCUUCGGAUUCACCCAGGAGCAGGUCGCGUGCGUGUGCGAAGUCCUGCAGCAAGCCGGAAACGUCGACCGCCUGGGCCGCUUCCUCUGGUCUCUACCCGCCUGCGACAAACUCCACAACAACGAGUCGGUACUCAAGGCCAAAGCCAUCGUGGCCUUCCACAGAGGCAACUUCAAGGAGCUGUACAAAAUCCUGGAGAGUCACCAGUUCAGUCCGCACAACCACGCCAAGCUGCAGGCGCUGUGGCUCAAAGCGCACUACAUCGAGGCGGAGAGGCUGCGAGGGAGGCCGCUGGGCGCAGUGGGGAAGUAUCGGGUGCGGAGAAAAUUCCCGCUGCCCAGGACGAUCUGGGACGGCGAGGAGACGAGCUACUGCUUCAAGGAGAAGUCGAGGAGCGUGCUGAGGGACUGGUACUCGCACAAUCCGUAUCCUAGUCCGAGGGAGAAGAGGGAGCUGGCGGACGCCACGGGGUUGACGACGACGCAGGUUUCGAAUUGGUUCAAAAAUCGAAGGCAGAGGGACCGAGCCGCUGAACAUAAAGACAGCGGCCAGGCCAACUCCGACAAGCCCCACCUCGACUCCAGCGGCUCGGACAGCGAGCCCGAGCACAAACUCAACACGUACCCCCCGUCGGGGGCGGUGGGGCCGCCGCAGCUCACCCCCUACGGCAGCCUGGCGGCGCCGCCCAUCGGCCAGCCGCUGUACCAAGCCCCCGGCGGCAUCCUGCACGACUACCAGACCUUGUGACAGUGGUUGGCAGCGCCACAAGAUGCCGCCGCGGCAAACAGUACUCUGUAAAGUGAUAGGGGCAGCCCCGAAAAAUCCACCGGUGCGGCC